UUUUAAACUAAAAUGUAGUACUUGUACGCCAAAGCCUGAACGUAUUUUAGUUAAUGACGAUUAUAUGUGUUAAAAGGUAUAUGUCAUGAUAAAAUAGUUCAUAAACAAAGAAUAUCUUAAUGCCAUGCUUCGUAGUAUUUAAGUACGCCAAUAAACUAGGCAGUGAAAUAUUGAGGCGAAAACGAUUUUACCUCCAUCUAUUUCUUUUGUGCUUACGUCUACGGAAAUGAGUGUUGAAAUCUACCAUAUAAGGUAUAAUAAGUUUGGUGACACAUCUGUCAACCAAUCAAUCAUGUGGACAUUCUUCAUGUGCUUUUUGGUCUGUGCGCUACAGGUGUCUGCAGCCGCCACCGCUCAGGAGUCAGAUCCUAAAUUCUGGAUUGAAAAUGGAAAACGAAUGUUGGAAGAAAAGUCAAAACAACCAUUGCGAACGAACAAAGCGAAGAAUGUGAUAUUGUUUAUGGGAGAUGGUAUGUCAUUGACAACAUUGACGGCCGCUCGCAUAUACAAAGGCCAGUUACAAAACACGUCUGGCGAAAGCGAACACCUGAGCUUCGAACAGUUUCCGUUCACCGGAAUAUCAAAGGUAUUAAUUUGAUAACAAAACAAUUGUUAUUAGAAUAA